AUGAUCAUCAUCAUCGUCGUUGUCGUCGUCAUCUUCAUCGUCGUCAUCAACAAAGGUUCCAGUUUGCUGGAAGUUCUGUCUUGUUUUCCCGAGUUGAACCGAUUUAUCGACGGUUUCCGACGAGUCGGUCGGCGAGUGAUGAUCGUCAGCGCCAUUCCUAUCGUCGAGAACUCCAUCUUCUACAAUCCUCCUCUUCAUCAUCCUCAUCAUCCACCUCAUCAUCAUUCUCAUCGUCAUUCUCGUGAUAACGACAGUGAUAAGACUGAUGAUGAUGGUGGUUCUUUGACCAAGCACAGCAGCGAUAAAAAUGAAUCAUUCGGAACCAGUAGCACUCAAGAAGGUUCCCAAUUGGAAGGAAAGCAUAAAAAAAACAACGAGUAUGUGAACGAAGCCUUCGAGGACGACAUUACGGUUUCGCCACUACCACCACCGCUACCAACAGCAGCAACGACAAACAAAUCCAAUUUAAAAACAACUGACCGAGAAACACAAUCCAACUCCAACAAAAGCCACAACAAUCAUCUCAACCAGGAAUAUAAAGACAAAAGCACCACAACCAAAACAAAACCCACCAACAAAAACAACAACCAGUCGCAGAGAGCAGCUACCACAACGACUACCAACGACACACUCAGCGUUCUUGCAGCUCUUCAACAUUUCAUCAGCGUUGACAGAAUGUCCUUUAGGGAAGCCAGGAAUGUUUUCCUGAGGGCUCAGUAUCCUCUUUCCUUAACCGGAGCUGUCGUAUCCAUGUUAGAAUUCCUGGAACGAUCCAUGGUGUUGCAGAGAAAAAGAGCCGAAAGAGAAUUUGGUCAAGAAGUGACAAAUGGAAGUAAAGGCAGAAGUAAAAUUUUUUUAAAAAUUGCAAACAGUGAAAAUAUCGCUGAGAACAAAACAGGUUGA